GGCCUGCCUUUCUUUAAAGUCGGUUAUAACUUCGAUUAGAUACCACUAUAUCGAUAAUAAAAAGAAUAGAAUCCAAGACGUUAUCGAUUAGCACGCCAGGUUGUUUCUCAAUAACAAACUAAACAGCAUGGCUACUGGCAUGUAAAAGUAUAGUGGUUUGGCCAUAUCUGUUACAUCUUUGCGCUGAAAAUAUGGGAUUAUAAGCAAUAAAACAUGUUGAUAAUAUGCUGACGUCACUUUGAGGAGGAUAGGCCUCACACCAGGACCCAAGGAUCUCUAGAAAAUCAUUGAAGAUGAACGAAAAGACUCAAUCCGCUGAUCCCAAUGACAGAAGGAAAGAUGUGGAAACAUCCCAAGAAGCAGGAGCAGCUCAAGAAACGGACGCUAUAGCGAUGAAGGGCUACUCGAGGAAACCCGUCAAAGUCAAGUUUCCUAAAUGUUGGGAAUUCAUGACUCAGAAUCAGAGAAGAGAAAAUGUCAUCGAUAAAUACUCCAUCUAUGGCAGUGAUUCACCUAACUCCACCGGACUUCCGAUCCCUGGUCAAAGAUCAGCCAUCGUUCAGGAAUCAUCGGACAUCGGAUGGCGGGAAGAAAGAGGAUACAUUAAGAGAGUAACAGGUUUUCCUCCCAGCGCCUGUGUAAAUGGGAUAAGGAAUGAAACAAAACGAAGAGUUCGCCAUCUCUCACCCAUUCGGCUGCCAACCGCCAACACGAUAUGCGACGAAUACAACUGGAUGCACAACGGAGUUCAUGGCAAGAUGCUUCUAUCAAAUAAGAAAUACAGGCAUAUUUUGCGAUCAGACCUUGCCGAAACCCAUGACCCAAAACAAAAACUUCAUUACUGUGAAGUGCUGGGCCAAAGAGUAUGUGCAGAUUGCAUUGAACACACAAACAGAACUAUGGCAAUUGAGUAUCAGCAUGAAGCAUUUCCGGAAAUUGAAGUGACGGCAUCCCGACUGAUAGCGCCGAAACUGUCCAAACUUCUUGCAGAUCGGUUAAAGUCGGCUGUGCCCUUACCAGAGUCUGAGCAGCAAGCGCAAGAGUCUGGGUUGCUAGGCAACGCUCAGAGCCCACCACCUUACAGGCAACCAUCAGCGUUACGUAAUCAACGUCAUGUGACCAUUUACAGCGACGCCAUGAUCAAUUCACUCCAUCAGACUUUGAAACGAGACAGAAGGAUGACGGCAGAGACUCUUCAUGACGUCAGAGAAUUAAGACUCAAGAGAGGAAAGCGCGCCACCAUGAGACAGCUGCCACUUGAAAAACUGAAUGAAGCCAACAGUAGUUUAUGACAUGUGUAUUUUAAUCUAAAAUUAUAUCGCCAAAAUUAAGGAAUUCAUAAGCAUUCAGUCUGGACAAUAUCAUUCUUCUUCUAAAGUUCUAAGUGUACCAUAUUAUUGACAUCUAUAUUUAUAAAUCGAUUUCGAUGACUAUUUAUUCAUUAAUAGUCAUAUCGUUCAUAAUUUCUGUUGGUUAAAAGUGAGAACGGUUUUGCGCCCAUUUUCGCCACUUCGAUUUCUGCAAUUGUCAUUUCAGUAUGAUCUGUAAAAGACACUCGUCAGCUUUCUUAAAGUAGCCACGGAACUUUUCAAUCUGGCCGUGAGACUGUGCUGUAUUUCCUCUUUUUAAAUCACUUUAAAUCACUUUUAUGAAACAAUAUGAAACAUACCUCAAUUAUGAUUGCAUUGUCUGCCCAUGUAACCAUGAUAAUAAUACAGUCCAACUAAGUUUGACUUUGAAACAAAGUUCAGUGAGCUUUGAGUCGUUUCUGUCUGUACUAUUGUUAUGUGGUGUUAUGAAAGAUAGUAACUAACUUAAUUGCAAAGAUGGGAUGGCAACCCACAUUUGGGUACAUUCAGGAGUGAAAGUACAUUUCUACAAUUAACAUUUUAAAGAACCCAUACCUAAGCACCUUCAUCAGUGACUGCAAGGUUAUUUACAUUAUAAAAAGUCUCAUCAGUUCCAAAUAUUGUUAAAAUUGACAUCGGUACACUAUAAUUAGGUUCAUUAUAAUCAUAAUAACAUUAAAAUGACAAUUUUCUUUUAUUAUUACUUUUGACUCUCACUGCAUUUUUUGAAAUUUUGUCUGUGUUUCAAAUAAUUUGUUGUAAAACGCUCCCAAAGUAAUGGUCAGAAUGCACUGGGGGCAUCUAGAACCCCUGAACUUUCAGGGCCUCGGCCGCAAUGGACUUCUCGCUCCGUACUUGUGAUUUCUCCUAUAUACGCGGAGAUUAUUUUUAAGGUCUUCAGCACUAGCGUAUAUACAGAUGGGGGGGGAGUGAAAUAUUCAUUUUUUUUAUGAUCCGUCAAAAUAUAUAUCUAGAAUAGAUUUCUUUGUAUUGAAAAUGUCAUUUUUUUGCUAAAUCGCUUCACUCGCUCGCAUAUUUAAAUUUGUUCCAUCGGCCACAUUUGGCCAUUUUAAAUCUUUUGGUUUAUCACGCCACUGGUCCUGGCCCGUGAUGGAAAAAGUUCGAGAUUCCCUUGUUCUAAUGAUUCAAAUAGCAUAGUCGAUUUUAUCACAUCUUAUUAACCGAUCCCUGAUUUUUUUAAUGAUCUCAAUUUAAAAUUAAUUUUCUCCUUUUUAUCAUAAUUUUUACCUCUAAGA